GCCGCUGCUUUAAAACUAGACGGAUCGCCUUUGCCGUCAGGUCGAAGAAACAGCGAGAGAUCGAUCCAUCCAUCCAUCGAGAGCUUCUUGUCCAUCGCCGGCGAGCUCUCCGGUCCCGGAAUCAGCCGAUACCUCCGGAGUCCGGCCAUGUCGUCGUCGGGGGGAUUCAAGAACGGCGGGAAGCAGAAGCCUCUCAAGGCGCCCAAGGCCGCCAAGAAGGAUUACGACGAGACCGAUCUGGAAAACAUGAAGAAGAAGAAAGAGGAGGAGAAGGCCCUGAAGGAGCUGAGGGCCAAGGCGGCGCAGAAGGGCGCACUUGGAGGCGCCGGUCUCAAGAAAAGUGGCAAAAAAUGAGCCCUGGAUAAUUAAUUCUUUAGACGCUUAUUAUCUUACUCACUUUGUCCCAAAAACUUAAUCUGCCGGAUAUGUCACAUCUACUAGGAUGUAUAUUAGAAUAUGUCACAUCCAAUACAUUGUUUUUUAUGGGAUAGCGAGAGUAGUUAGCAGCAGCUUGAAACUGCUCUAGAACAGACAUGAGAUGUUUCAACUCACUUUUUAGGUUAUUAAUAGUAGAGAGUAGCAGUUAAUUACUUACAUAUAUGAGGUAUCCUAGGAUGUUUUAGACCACAAAUAUGAUGGCGUAUGAUGAUUUUUUUUUUUGCA